AUGACCGUUGCCAAACUUUCAGAGGCUGCUGGAGCACGUGAAGAUCGACUUCGGCCUGUCAUGAGACUACUUUACAAUAACGGGCUGUUCACCUACGAUGCCUCGAACGAUACUUACACCAACAACGCUCGUUCCGAUCUUCUGCGGUCUGACCACUGGACACAAUGGCACACCUGGGUGGAGCUAUACGCUACCGAGUUCUAUGACAUGGCGCGUGGAAUUCCGGACUCGCUUCUUAGCGGUGCCACUCGUACGGCGGCUCAGAUCAACUAUGACACAGACGAUAGCAUAUUCGCCUACUUUGAGAAGCGCGGGUGGCUGCCCCGCGUACAUCGCGCUUUCAGUGCUAGCCAGGUUGCCCAGGCUCCUGGAAUUCUUACAGACUAUCCCUGGCACGAGAUCGGGGACAAGACUGUGCUCGAUGUAGGAGGGGGUGGAGGGGCACUGAUGGCAUCAUUGCUUCGCGAACACCCAAAAAUGCGAGGUGGCAUUCUAGACAUGGCCGCGGUUAUCGACCACACAGGGCCUUUCUUUCACUCGCCGGACGGGCAGUAUGCCGACGUCGGAAGCCGCAUAUCACCCGAGAACCUCGUCGCAGGGGACUUCCUAACCGGCCCAUUGCCUCGUCACGAGGUCUACGUUAUCAAGUGGUGUUUGCAUAACUGGCUAGACCCAGAGGUAAUACAGAUUUUGCGCAACAUCCGAGAAUCCAUAGUCCCGGGGGAUCAAUCACGACUAGUCGUCAUGGAUGCCGUGCUGCAGGACGGUGCUAUGGGACGCUUAGCACAGUACGGUGAUGUACAGAUGUUGAUGACGGCAAAGGGACGGGAGCGAACAGCAGAGGACUGGCAGCAAGUCGCCAAGGCAUCUGGAUGGAAUAUUCACAAGAUUUACCCUUUGAGAAAUGCUUGGAAAUACUUGGACUGGAAGCAUCCGAUAUAUGGUGAGAAUGGUGACAAGGUUGGCAUUCCUUCGUGCCCAUACGUCUGGCCGAAUGGGCAAGGAGACAUCGCCAAGUUUCUGAAAGGAGUCGAGAAUUCUGCAGCGUGGGAGAAGCAGCACGGCCGGAUGUAUCGCAUAUGGUCAGGAAUGAAGCCAGAGAUUGUUCUGACACAGCCUCAUCAUUUGCAGACCGUUUUCAGGGACUCAGAUAAGCAUUCCAAGGCGCCGGCAAACAAUUCGGGCUUCUACAUGAACAGACUCUUAGGCGAAUGCGUUGGUCUGCUCAGUGGCCCCGACUGGCGCUCUGUGAGAGCCGUCGCCGAACCUCCGUUUCAACGCGCGGCGCCUAUCGUUGGCAUGUAUGAAGCUGUUGCGUCAGGAAACAUUAGUGAAGAGCAGCUGCUUCAGACUCUCGACGAGUCUCUCUUCGCAAAUCUAGACGUCACCAUGGGAGGUCUAUCAUGGGUCCCUGUCUUUUUGGCAGCACAUCAGAACGCGCAGAGUCGCCUGCGAACUGAGAUUGAAAGGGAAGCCACUAGCCCCGAAACGCUACAUCGCUAUCUCGACAAUAGUCGGUCAACGUACCUCGCCUGCUGCGUGAUCGAAUCCAGCCGCCUGAGGCCAUUGGCAGCUUUCAGCGUCCCACAAGCUGCUCCUACUCCUCGUCGCCUCGAAGUCAGUCCAGGGCUCACGUACGUCGUCCCCGAAGGCACCAGCUUUGUGGUAGACACCUACGCUCUCAAUGUACGCAAUGAGGCGUGGGCUCCGGACAACGAGUCCUUCCGGCCGGAGCGAUUUCUCAACAGCAACGAAAAGGACGCGCGGGAUCGGCGCUACUUGUUCUGGAGAUAUGGAUUUGGACCAAGGCAGUGUAUGGGACGGCAUGCAGCCGAUCUCAUUAUCAGAACCACAGUGGCUCAUCUCGUACGCAACUACCAACUCGAUUUGCUGUCGCCCGAAGACCACCUUGACGGGUCUUCUUGGGCGAGAAAUCAGGAGUGCUGGAUAACCCAUCCCAGCUUGAAUUUGCGAUGUACCAGGAGAAUAUUGGAGAAUAAGUAG